AUGAACAGAUUUUAUUCAAUGCAGAUGGAGGAGCCACAGAACGGGAAAGUACAAGAGUCCUUCAGGUUUGUGGCGGAGGUGAAGAAAGAUGUGUGGAGAAACAGCAGAGAGGAGCAAUCAGAGCCCACCUGUUCUCUAAGUGUCAGAAAGAUCUCCUACACAGUCAGUGAACGUGUGGGUCCGUGGUGGGACUUACCCUCCUACAGGAAACGAUGGACUCGUCAGAUCCUGAAUGAUGUCUCCUUUCAUGUUGACAGUGGGCAGAUCAUGGGCAUACUGGGCAACUCAGGCUCAGGAAAAACCACAUUGCUGGAUGCCAUCUCAGGGCGGAUUGGGAACCAGGGCACGCUGCUGGGAGAAGUCUUCGUUAAUGGUAGAAAACUGAAGCAAGAGCAGUAUCAGGACUGCUUCUCCUAUGUGCUGCAGAGCGAUAACUUGCUGAGUUAUCUGACAGUGGAGGAAACUCUGACCUACACAGCUCAGCUGGCCCUGCGGAAACACUCGGCUGAAGCUAUCAAGAAAAAGGUGUCAGCAGUGAUGGCUGAGCUGAGCCUGAGUCAUGUGGCCCACAGUGUUAUCGGAGGUCAGGUUUUCCCUGGGAUCUCCGGGGGUGAGCGCCGAAGGGUCUCCAUUGCCAGUCAGUUACUUCAGGACCCAAGGGUGAUCCUAUUGGAUGAGCCGACCACUGGUCUGGACAGCAUGACCGCCAAUCAGAUUGUGGUGCUGUUGGCAGAGCUGGCCAGGAGAGACCGUAUCGUCAUAGUAACUAUCCACCAACCACGCUCUGAGCUCUUCAGGGUGUUCAACAGGAUAGCUAUAAUGAGUCGUGGGGAGCUAGUAUUUUGUGGACAGACAGAAGAGAUGGUGGAUUUCUUCAGCCAAUGUGGAUAUGAGUGUCCAGAGUACUGCAACCCCUUUGACAUCUAUGUUGACUUCACCUCAGUGGACACACGCAGCAGCGAGAGGGAGGCAGCCACAUUUACUCGCAUGCAUGAAAUCACUUCAGCCUAUCAGAGGUCUACCAUCUACCAGAGCAUGCUGGAAAAAAUGGAGCAGAGCUUGCAGAGAUCAGACAAGCCCGCCAUCCCCUUUAAGAGCAAAGAGUCACCCAGCGGUGCUGCCAAACUUGGAGUUCUCCUCAGGCGCACAGCAAGAAACCUGUCCAGAGACAGGAUGGGUGUUCUGAUGCGUCUAUCCCAGAACUUGAUUUAUGGUCUGUUUGUGGCCUUCUUCGUCAUACAUUUAGACAUUGACGUCACUAAGGGUGCUGUGCAGGACCGCAUCGGCAUAAUCUAUCAGAGCAUUGGUGCUUCACCAUACACGGGCAUGCUGAAUGCCGUCGCUCUCUUCCCAGCAUUGCGAGCCAUCAGUGAUCAGGAGAGUCAGGAUGGACUCUACACUAAAUGGCAAAUGUUCUUGGCCUACAUCUUCCACAUCCUGCCCCUCAGCAUCCUGAGUGUCUUCAUCUUCACCUCCUUCCUUUACUGGACAGUGGGGAUGCAUCCGGAAGGUUUGCGCUUUCUGUGUUUCACUGCUGUAGUUCUGGUGCCGCAUGUUAUAGGUGAGUUGCUGACUGUGGUGCUACUAGGUGUGGUCCAAGACCCUAACAUGGUCAACACUGGAGUGGCUCUACUCAAUAUUGCAGGGAUAGUGGUGGGAUCUGGCUUUCUAAGGGGCACCCAGCAGAUGCCCCAGGUCUUUCAGUGGCUCAGUUACCUGACUUUCCAGAAGUACAGCUGUGAGCUGCUCAUAGUCACGGAGUUUCAUGGUCUCCAGUUCACAUGCAAUAAUUCCACAUCUUUGCCAGGAGCUUGUGUGGUCACCCAUGGCAAUCAGAUCAUUGAGGAGGGUUAUCCUGGCGCACUGUCCCGAUACACACUAGACUUUGUUCUCCUCUACGCUUUCCUGCCUGCUCUGCUGCUGCUGGGCAUAAUUAGCUUUAAGAUCAGGGACAAGGUUGUGCGUCACUAAGCCCACAAACACGGCUUUGUGGGUAAAAUCUUCUUUUUAAGUUAAGCUUAUAAAGCAUUUAUGUUAUGAAAUUCACUAUUCAGAGAUGACCUACACCCACCACUGUAUUAGGUACACCGUACCCUUUUUGCUUUCUUGAUAAUAAAGGGAUGGAGAUUUUCAGCAAUACUCAACAGACUGUUUAAAUGAUGGCCACCUGGUAGCAGCCCAAAGUGUGCUAGGAAAAUAAAUUAUACCACCACCAACAAACUCAACCACUGAUAUAAGACAGGAUUCAUGUUUAGUUUUUGUUGCUGAUUAUGCCAAAUGUUGACUGUUAUAGCAGAAAUCCAGACAAUGGUGAGUUUGUGUGAUUUGUACCCUCGGUUUCUCUUUUCUAAGCUGACUGGAGUGGCACAUGAUGCCACUGAGGCCCAACUGCUUCAAGGUUUGACGUGUUAUGCAUUCAGAGAUG